CGACUACAGAGGAAACAGAAAAACCUCUAUAAAAAAGUGGUUACAAAAAACGCAAUGGUUAUGACGGCGGUAACAACAGACCUUCUCGCCGCAGUAAUGGAUGCGAUGGUCGUGGCGGAUAGAUAUGACAAUGGUCACGGCCGCGGAUAG